UCUGCACGUUCAACAAUGACGCAAGCACGUACAGGACGUCAAGUUGUCGAAGCAGCAAGCUGGCAGCCUCGUGUGUGUUGGCUUUGAUUUUGCGGUAGCGGUAUGCAGAGCAGGUGGCCAUGGCUGCGUGGAAGUCUCGGACCCGCAGUCUACAGGUGUUUGACACUGAGCUGAGCGCGGACACGGUAGAGUGGUGUCCCGUCUCCUCUGAUCACAAUAUCCUCGUAUGCGGGACAUAUCAGUUACAAAAAGGGACUGGAGAAGAGGAUGCUACUCCAAGUCGGACUGGGCGCUUGUAUCUCUUUCAGUUUCAUAGAGAGGGACCAAUGACCCCACCUUUGACAGAGCUCCAGCGCAUGGACACAGCUGCUAUUUUAGAUCUAAAAUGGUGUCAUGUACCUGUAUUGGAGAGACCAGUGCUCGGACUUGCUGCAGCCACUGGAGAUCUGCAGCUUUACACUCUGAAAGAAACUCAGGAAGGUGGCCGGAGACUGCACACUCUGAGCAGUGUAGUGGUGGGAGCAGAUCGGCUGGUGCUGUCUUUAGACUGGUCCACAGGGAGAUUAGAUGGCAGUGACAUCCGUGUGGUGUGUAGUGACUCUGCAGGCUGCAUUAGCGUGGCAUCGCUGGAAGAGGGCGCUGUAACCAUUCAGUCUCAGUGGAAAGCUCAUGACUUCGAGGCCUGGAUCUCAGCUUUCUCUUACUGGGAUACACAACUUAUUUAUACUGGUGGUGAUGACUGUAAACUCAAGGGAUGGGAUCUCAGAAUGGAUCCUUCCUGUCCCACUUUCACCAGUAAACGGCAUGCAAUGGGAGUGUGCAGUAUUCACAGUAGUCCACAUCGUGAGCAUCUCCUCGCCACAGGCAGGUGAGAAUCUGAGAUAUAGGGAUGUGAUGUACAGGGAUGGGACAAUAUCUCGCGUCACAAGAUCACACAUGACAAAAUUGAGAUGGUGCACAUGUGAGGAAAAUUAUCUUGUAAGAUUUUAAUCCAUGUAUUUAAAUUUGGAUUGGACAAAAAAAAGUAAGUCAGUCUUUAUUUAUAUAGCUCUUUUCACAGACAUAUGUCACAAAGAUGCUUUACAGAGC